CUGUCAUGGGAAGAAUGCACUAAAUACAGUGACAAAAAGAGAAACCAUAAAAAAGUAUUUCACAUUUAAAGUUUGGGCCUGGAUAAAAUGGCCUGAUUUGGCCCACGGGCCUGCAGUUUGACACGUGAUUUUUGCUAUUUCUCAUUAUAAGAUGGUCUGAAACUUUGUCCUGAAAGAUGGUGGGCGAUAUGUUUUCCUUUAUGGAAUGCUGUAGGUUUUUAAUCUCCUGUAUUUUAAGCAACACUCGUGCAGCUGGAUCCAAAUGAAACUGUGGCACAAAAGCAACACGACUCUGUGAUCUCGUCUCCUUUCGGAGGGAAAAGCGCGUCUGAGUGAAGGAUCGCGUCUGAUUCCCAUCAUUUGUAUUUUGACUGCAGUUUGUGCGCCGCCGUGGCUCAUGUACGCAAUCCCUGGAUAGGUGGUUGCCAUGGAUUCCUGGGUCACAUGCGUGGGUUUCCUACAGCCAGCAGCAGAAGCAGCAGCAGCAGCAGAAGAAGAAGAAGAAGAAGAUGAUGAUGAUGCUUGGACCAAAAAUUCAGAGCCAUUUUCAUUCAAACGAGAAACAUCUGUGGACGGAACAGUGACUGGGCUUGGCCAGCAUUUAAAUAUAUCCAUUAAAUCCGUUUUACUCCCUAAUCCUUGAAUCUUGAAUUCGCAGCAAACCGGUUCGGUCCGCACACAUCCAUAGACUGAAACCAGGAAUGAGUAUAGAAAUCCCUGAAGGACUGACGGAGCUGUUGCAGAGCUUUACCGUGGAAGUGUUGAGGAAUCAGCCCAGGGACCUGCUCGAGUUCGCGUUGCAGUACUUCACCCAGCUGAAGGACAGCGACAGCAAAGAGGCCUCCUUCGGCAAUGACGAGAACUCGGCCCCGAGAUCAGGGAAAGCGGUCAAUUUCCUGGACGAAGCCAUGCAGAUCGACUCAGAGAACGGAGAGGAGGAGGACGACGACGAUGAUGAGGAAUUCACAGCUCCGGUGAUAAACAGAUUCAUCAGAAGAGCAUCCG